AUGGCGGACGACAGUAGUGAUACGCCUGUUGAAUCACCCCAGCCCCACCAAAAUAGAAUGUCUAGGGGUGGCUGGAUUUCCGGCAAUGGAAGGCCGGCAGCCAUGGGUUCUCACCCUUUCCCGAGGAAUAUGUAUGAUGACAACGAUAUGGAAGCGAAAAUCCACCAGCUCGAGCAAGAAGCGUACAGUUCUGUUCUUAGAGCUUUUAAAGCUCAAGGAGAUGCUAUUACCUGGGAAAAGGAAAGUCUAAUAACGGAGCUCAGGAAAGAGUUGAGAUUAUCCAAUGAGGAGCACAGAGAUCUUCUAAGCAGGGUUAAUUCAGAUGAGACAAUCAGAAGAAUAAGGGAGUGGAGACAGUCGGUUGAGCGUCAGGCAAGCAUUCACGGUGCUAGUCAAGGGGCUGCUGCGCAUGAUCCGGCACCCAGUCCUUCUAUCUCAGCUUCUCGUAAAAAGCAAAAGGGGGCCCCAUCAUUACCUUCCCAAUCAUUUGGUGGGCCAUCUCCUUUUCAUCCACAGCCGAUGGCCCAAAUGAAUCAACCCUUGUCCUCGGCCUCAAAGCGUGGGCCCAUGAUGGGAGGGAAAGGCAAAAAACAUAAAUCACUGCCGACAGGACCAUCCUCGAUGAAAAUGCAGUAUCCCCAAGGUCCCGCAGGAAGAGGGCAAUUUGGUAACCGAAUGUCUUCAGGUGUCCUUACAAAUGAGCCAGCUGAGGGAGGUUCAUUCGAUCCGCUGAUUGGAAGGAAAGUACGAACCAGAUGGCCAGACGACAAUAACUUUUAUGAAGCCGUGAUUACCGAUUAUAAUCCAGCGGAGGGCCGACAUGCUCUUGUUUAUGACAUAGGUACUCAGAAUGAGACAUGGGAGUGGGUCAACCUUUCUGAGAUUUCACCAGAGGAUAUAAAAUGGGAAGGUGAAGAACCCGGGGUCUCCCGUCGUGGAGGUCUUGGUGUGCCCGGGCAUGGGAUCAGCCGUCCUCGGGAUAACAAUGGUCCAGGCCCCGGCAGAGGGAGGGGUUUGACCAAAAGUCAACCAAGGAAAGACUUUCCGCCAUCUCAGAAUGGUAUAGGAACCAAGGGACCUGACGAAAUCCAGUUGCUUCAUACCGAUACUCUAAUUCGAGAGAUUGAGAGGGUUUUUAGCGCCGGUCAUCCGGACCCAAUGGAGAUAGAGAAGGCAAAGAAAGUGCUUAAGGAGCAGGAAUUAGCACUCAACGACGCCAUUGCAAGGCUUGCUGAUUUAUCUGAUGAUGAAAGUGGUGCCGUCGGUCGACUCUCGGUUACCCGGCCCUCCCCCUUUGAUUCGCGCCUCCUCCUGCUAUUAUGCCUGUGGUUGCAAUUAGAUUUCAGCUGGUCGGCUGCGCCGAUUUCCGCUCAAUUUGAGGGCUUCCUGCGCAUAGGUGGCGGUGGUUGUGCCAAUUUUUGUUUGGGUGGGGGACGCCUCGGUCCUUUGACGUCUUCGACGUCGGAUGGCUGGGGCUCCGCUGUGAUUUUUCGCCCUUCUCCUUGUCUCUGGCGUUGGGGCAAGGAGGACUAUUGCUCCGUCUCCGACCAGUGGUGUUGGACGAAAUGGUGCGGUGGUGGGUGGAGAUCGUGGUGGUUCCAGGUGUGUCGGGGGUUGAGCCGGCUGCCUCGACAUCUUUUCGCUUCUCCUGGUUCCAAGUUCUGUGGUUCGGGAGUCACCGGGGGCUGUCGGGCUUGGACUCGCUAG